GGCGGCCGCGAUGGGAGGGGGAGACCUGAACCUGAAGAAGAGCUGGCACCCGCAGACGCUGCGCAAUGUGGAGAAGGUGUGGAAGGCGGAGCAGAAGCAUGAGGCCGAGAGGAAGAAGAUCGAGGAGCUGCAGCGGGAGCUGCAGGAGGAGCGGGCGCGGGAGGAGAUGCAGCGCUACGCCGAGGACAUGGGCACCGUGCGGAAGCGUGAGGAGAAGCUGGAGUGGAUGUACCAGGGCCCCGGGGGAAUGGUGAACAGGGAUGAAUACCUGCUGGGCCGCCCUGUGGACAAAUUCAUCCUGGACAAGGUUGGGGACAAGGACACUGCUGGCUCUGGGGACACGGGGCUGCUGCCUGGAUCCAUCUUUGCCAGGGCUGGGGCCAGCUCUGUGCUGGACAUGGCCACCAAGAUCCGAGAGGACCCGCUCUUCAUGAUCAGGAAGAGGGAGGAGGAAAAGAAAAGAGAAGUUUUGAACAACCCAGUGAAAAUGAAGAAAAUCAAAGCCUUGCUGCAGAACAGUUUGGAUAAAAAGGAGAGGAAGAAGAAGAAGGAGAAGAAGAAGAAGCACAAGAAACAUCGACGGCGCAGCUCCAGCAGCGACAGCUCCAGCUCUGAGCACGGCAGGGCCAGGAACAGGUCUCAGAAAAGAGUGGAGAGCUCCUCCUGCAAGGCUGCUCCUUCCAAAAUCCCAGGAUAUGGAUUACAGGUGAGGGACCCUGAGCUGGGCAGGAGCCCCCCAGGGCAGCCCAGGGAGCGCUCCCGGAGCCCCCAGGGCCACCAGCAGGGCCACCAGCAGGGCCACCAGCAGGGCCACCAGGGCCAGCAGCAGGACGAGGCUGGUUUGGGUUGCAGGCACAGCAGCCGUGAGGAGAAGAGCAGAGCCAGGAACCCUUCCCCCAAAAAAAGCUUCAGGCGCCAGCAGCCCUCAGGUUACACCAGCCCUUGCCAGGAAGGAAUUCCCUCCCGAUAUCCAGUGUCUAAGGCAAAGCUGCUCUCCUGGAGUGUCAGAGCUGUGAUUUCUCCCUGUGCUCCCAUUCCCUGCAGCCGCCUGAAGCUGGAGAGUGCCUCCACCUCCAGCCUGGAGGAUCGGGUCAAACGCAACAUCCACUCCCUGCAGAGGACUCCUGCAGCCUUGGAAAAGAAUUUUAUGCAGAGGUGAAAGCUGUGCCGGCCCUGCCCCCGGGCAGGAGCUCGGUGGAUAUUUGUUUCCAGAGGUGAGAGGUGUCCUGGAGCAAUUCCAGCUCCCAGAGAGGCGCCGGGUCCCGAGGCUGAGC